UGCACUUGGGUCGGGUCUCUAUAAAACAGCGCGAGAAGCUCCCUACAGGGUUAACAGGAUACUGGAUCCUGGCUGCAGACUGCACUCCCACAUAGGGCACGCAGCACGAAGCCUACUGGAAUAAGUAGUCUGCAGGCAGGUUGCGAAACGCAAGUUCUUUUGGGAGUUGUAGUUCUCGGACGCGGAGAGCAAGCACUGCUGGCGGCACUGGGAGGUGUUGCGAGUACGUGGGCGGGGCCCAAAGUUCCACCGUGGCCUGGGAGUCUCCCGAGGGAGGGAACUGGAGCUUUUUCCCGCUCUGGACUGGGCUGUCAAAUAAGGGUUUGAUCCCAGCUGAGUUCAGCCCAGGCCGCCACACUCGCGGAUAAUAUCUGACUCAAAGACGGCCGUAGGGCCAUGAGAAAAAAUCAGGGAAGCCUCCUUUACUGAGUCGUGCUGUGGUCUCCGAGAAGAAAGUGAAGGACGUUGCCCUGUCUCCUCCCUUUUGUUCUUUUUCCACCCCAGCUCUUGGCCUCUAAGUGGCCUUUGUACGCCAGAGUGGAACUCCAAGUCCCGGCAGGCCGCGAGGCGCGCGCACGCGUGGUGGAGAUGCUCGGCCACGCGGCAGGAGGAGGGCUGAUGAUUUGGCAUCUGAUUGGCCUCGUGUUUGAUGAGGUUUUUUUUGCUGAUUGGUUGAGGUUGCUGCCGGAAAGGCCCUUGCCCGGAGAUGGAAGAGCAGAGGCGUUCUGUAGGGCUGGGUUGAAAGCCUCCGUCUAAGAGCAUCGGCCUGACCCCCAGUCCGGGGGGGCACUAGCCAGGGGCUGUCCUCCCUUACUCUAGCCUUGCAUGUACUUGGUAUUAACCGAGCCGCGGAGAGCGGGUCACGCUCGGGGGUCAGAGAAGGAGGAGGGUGACCGGUCCUGGGCCGUUCCUGCAUACCCGGCAACCAGAACUCCAGCCCUAGGGAGUGGGCAGGGCCUCUAGCCGCGCCUCGCUCCCUGCUUUUCAUCUCCUUCAGCGUUGUCUACUAGCUACUUUUCCUGCUCUCUCUCCCAGGAGACGAACGUUUGAGCCUGAGAUGGCAGCCACCCUGCUCAUGGCUGGGUCCCAGAUCAGACUUAAUGCCAAUGCCUUCUCGACAUUUCUAACCAUGUCUCUAAUUUCAAGAAGAAAGGCUGGGACUAAACUCCUAGAUGCUAAGUAGUGAGGAAGCAUUGUGUGAUUUCAGGCCCCUGUGACAUUUGAAGAUAUGGCCAUGUACCUCACUCGGGAAGAAUGGAGACCUCUGGAUCCUACACAAAGAGACCUUUACAGGGACGUGAUGCAGGAGAAUUACGGAAAUGUUGUCUCACUGGACUUUGAGAUCAGGAGCGAGAACGAAACAAACCCGAAAGAAGAGCUCAGUGAAGAUGUGGAGUUUGUGACCAUGUCCGAAGAGCCUAUUGGGGAUGCUGAGAAGAACCCGGAAAGCGAAGAGGCCUUUGAAAGCGGGGACAGGUCCGAAAGACAGUGGGGAGAGCUGACCGCAGAGGAGUGGGUCAGCUACCCUCUCCAGCAGGUCACUGACCUGCUGGCCCACAAAGAAGUCCACACAGGCAUCCGCUAUCACAUAUGUUCUCAGUGUGGGAAGGCCUUCAGUCAGAUUUCAGACCUCAAUCGACACCAAAAAACGCACACGGGAGACAGACCCUACAAGUGUUACGAAUGCGGCAAGGGCUUCAGCCGCAGCUCCCACCUUAUCCAGCAUCAGAGAACACACACGGGCGAGCGGCCCUACGACUGCAACGAGUGCGGAAAGAGCUUUGGAAGGAGCUCUCACCUCAUUCAGCACCAAACAAUCCACACCGGGGAGAAGCCCCACAAGUGUAACGAGUGUGGGAAGAGCUUCUGCCGGCUGUCCCACCUCAUCCAGCACCAGCGGACCCACAGCGGGGAGAAGCCCUACGAGUGUGAGGAAUGCGGGAAGAGCUUCAGCCGGAGCUCGCACUUGGCUCAGCACCAGAGGACGCACACGGGUGAGAAGCCUUACGAGUGUAACGAGUGCGGACGGGGCUUCAGCGAGCGCUCCGACCUCAUCAAGCACUACCGUGUGCACACGGGCGAGAGGCCCUACAAGUGUGAGGAGUGCGGGAAGAACUUCAGUCAGAACUCUGACCUGGUGCGGCACCGCAGGGCCCACACCGGGGAGAAGCCGUACCACUGCAACGAUUGCGGGGAGAACUUCAGCCGCAUCUCGCACUUGGUCCAGCACCAGCGGACGCACACGGGAGAGAAGCCCUACGAGUGCACGGCCUGUGGGAAAAGCUUCAGCCGCAGCUCCCAUCUGAUCACACACCAGAAAAUUCACACCGGGGAGAAGCCCUAUGAGUGUAACGAGUGCUGGCGAAGCUUCGGGGAGAGGUCAGAUCUGAUUAAGCACCAGAGGACUCACACGGGAGAAAAGCCCUACGAGUGUGUGCAGUGUGGAAAGGGGUUUACGCAAAGCUCCAACCUCAUCACCCAUCAAAGAGUUCACACGGGAGAGAAGCCUUACGAAUGUACCGAGUGUGACAAGAGUUUCAGCCGGAGCUCAGCUCUUAUUAAACACAAGAGAGUCCAUACCGACUAAGUCCUGUAUUCCUGAGUAAGAAAUGACUUGUGGAGGUACAGUUAUAUUCGAUUUGAUAUCAGUGAGCUUUCUUAAGACUGACUUUCCUUAUUGUUGGCCACAGUUUAAAACAUGGAAGCAUACAGCCCUUUGAAAUUCCGACCCACAGCGUUGGGGACAUUUUCCCCUUCUCCAAAAUAGUUAUUUUCCUUCUCCGAUUUUAUUACGUGAAUCGCUUCAUCAAAAGCAGCCCCCGUCCCUAGUAACUUGAAAGCUGAAGACCAGAGGACAAGAUGCUUAGGCCUGGAAAUGGAGUAGAUUUUUAAAAAGUUGUUUUUUUCCUCUCGUAUCCUUGGCCCCAAAAGACUGCAGCGGGAAUGUAGAACUGGACUAGGGUGGCCGCAGCUGCUCUGGAAGAAGGCAGGCGGACUUGUCCUGAGUAGCCACUGUUCACACACCGCAGUAGCCGGGCUCAUGCACUCCCCUUCCAAAGGGCUUUUUCCUUGAGUAGCUCAUAUCGGUACCUUGCCAUCUUGCUCAUAGGAUUCUGCACGCUGAAGGCAGUGACUGAAUCAUUUCUCCUUGUUUCUCACUUGUGUAUAGCUUGCAUGCUUUUGAAGCUACCGGAGGAUACAGUGUGAAAGGAGAAGGGUACAAGUUUGAGGACCAAGGGCCCUUGGGUGGUGGUGACCUUAGCAAGAGAUACCCAUUGAUGCUGUCUUUAAUCAGGUUUAUCAAUUGUCUUCAGAAAUCACUUUAGAGACCGUAGUGUGGAAACUGCCUUUAGGAGAGGGCGGGCCCGCAGGUGAUGAUGUAAGGAGUAGAAGUGGGUUGACUCCUUCAGGGAAGGGAGCACCGAGCCCUUCCCAGGGAGCGACGGUCAUUUCUGUGUCCUUUGCCGUCUAACUUGGAACAGUUAGGUCACUCGCCCUUGUACUGCUAACUCUAGGGUUUGAUAGGGCCACGCCCCAGUCUCUCUCGUAGCAAGGCACGUGUAUGUACAGUGAAGUGUGUAUUCUAAUAGCAGAGACCGAAUUCCUAAGAAUCAGCAUGUUCUUAUGUGAUGUAGACCAUAAGAUAGAACUGUAGGCAUACUCCAUGUGGAAAAUUCCUUUAUUUUUCUUGUGUUAUGGGAAAGAAUUUGAACACUAGUGUGCGAGCGUGCACUCUCCUGUAAGGCUUGGUUUUGUACAGAACUAAACUCUUGCUUGUAUGUGUCCAUCAGUUGUGAGAGAAUGACUGGACAGUUAGGUCCUUUGCCCUUUCUCAGACUGAGUUAUCUUCUCCUGUGAUGAAACCUCUUUGGCCUCAUCAGAAGAAAUGAAUAAACCGAAAGAGGAGUGUGUUUCCUGCCUCCAGGGACAAAGAGUUACAGUGAGAGUCGCCUAGUGUCGCCCAGUACCUCAGUUCUCUUUAUCUCAGCCCAGGCAGGAAUGAUGAGUAGCCCGGAUAUUGGUGCUUACUCUGUCCCGUGGGGAUGGAAUGGGAUGGGGCCCAGUGCAUUUUUAUGGUGCUUAGUGCAAACUUGCAAAUGUUAACAUGUUUUUUUUUUUUCAAGAAACUUUUUUUUUUUUUUUGCAGGGGUGGGGAUUAGGGGUGGCACAUGCCUUUAAUCCCAGCACUUGGGAGGCAGAGGCUGGCAGAACUCUGUGAGUUCAAGGCCAGCCUGGUUUACAGGAUUGAGUUCCAGGACAGCCAGGGCUACACUGAGAGUCCCUGUCUUGAAAAACAAAAAACCUUUUUGUUGAAGUUCUUUGGGAUUUGGCAUUUAGUGCUUUCACUACAGAGUCACUGUUAGCGCAACUGGGUGAUACCAUGACACUCACUAGUGACAGCCUCAAAAGCAACCGAAUGAAAACCACUCCAAGGGGCCCCUCCCAUUUGAGUACGAACUUGGGGCAGGGCACACGGUUUCUAUUCUGUACGACAUCUAGCCUGCCAUGGGUAUUCACAUUUUAACCGUUAGGUGACUUCCAUCUUCUUGGUAACUAAACUCAGAUAUGGCAUCUGUAUGUAGCCAAUGACUUGGUUGGAUUUCAGCAUUGUCCUGUCGUGUCUUUGAGUCACUGUGAGUGACUGCUUGGGAGUAGCUUGUGGAAGACAGCACCUCCGAUCCAACUUCAUUCUACCCCUUUCCCUACCCUGUCCCCAUCCCCCCCAGCCCUGCAACGCCACCUCCAGCCUUCAUGUAAAGGUUCUGCUAGUGUGCCAUUUGCUGCUUUUGCCUUCUAGAUGAAAGGCUCAGGGAGGGUCUCUGAUUGCCUUCCCAUCUCCCCAUAACCUGUCUGCGCCAGCUGAGUGCCCUCCCUCCUGCAGUCAUCCGCUGCCCACUCCCAGUGCUGAGCUCUGUGGGAGUCGUGCGUCUGCCACACUUCACCAAUGCUGUUUGUGAGCGCCUGGCUGUUCCUGCACAUACCCAGACACUCUGUGCCCAUGUUCUGUGGUUGUGGAGAGCGGAUCCCCUUGGCAUUGGUCAGUUAUCCUAGUGUCUUGUCUAUGGCUAUAUUAUCCUAACAAUAUUCUAUAAUUAAAGGUAUAAUUUUUAAAGUCAAAACAAUGGAGUUACUUUGGUAAUCUCAAACAGGUUGCUAUCAGAGCCUCUCAUCAGGUUUAGGUUUAUUGUACAGAUAUUUUGCGUAGACUUCCUGUAGGAAUUGAGGAUUCAGUCAAUGUCUUGAGCUCUUUGGGUAUGCCACAUCUCAACUGGUCGGUAUAAAAGCCUAGAUAGUUUCCUAAGAUGUCCAUGCCAGUGGCAAAAGCAAGGUGGUAUUGGGAAUGAGUAUCUAGGUAGCUUUGCAGGAAAAAGGAAAACACGUCCAAAAGGAAAAGUUAGGAUCUUUGUUUUAAAAAGCGUUUCUAGAGGCUGGAGAGCUGCUCUUGCAGAGGUCCUGAGUUCAGUUCCCAGCAGCCACAUGAUGGCUCACAACCAUCUGUAGUGGGAUCAGUUGCCCUCUUCUGGCAUAAAGACGUACAAGCAGAUAGAGCACUCAGGUACUCAAAUGGAUGAAUAAACAAACAAAUCUUUGAGAGAGAGAGAGAGAGUUAGUUUCUGGAAACAUUACCAAGAGCCAGCACCAGGCACAGUGGCGCAUGCCUGUUACCCCAGUGCUCAGGAGGCAGAGCCAGGUGAAUUUCUGAAUUUGAGGCCAGCCUGGUCUACAUAUAGCAAGACCCUGUCUCCACACAAACAAAAUCAACUAAAACAGCUAGUGAGAUGGCUCAGUGGUCAAAGGUGCAUUCAGUAGAAGCCUAAUGACCUGAGUUUGGUAGGAAGCGAGAACAAACUCCCGGUAGUUGUCCUCUGACGGACCGCCGUGUGAUUGGCUUGUGCUUCCCCUACCCCAAACAGGUUAUUAAACAAAAGGUAGCAAAACAAUCAGGCUGUCUCUUAGGAACAGUCAGAUCUUGUGAUUCAAGAUGAGCAGGGGCUGGAGAGGUGGCUCAGCAUUUGAGAACACUUCCUGCUUUUGCGAAGGAGCAGGUUCGAUUCCCCAGCCCCCACAUAGUGGCUUUACAACUGUCCAUAACUCCAGAGGAUCCAAGACCCUCUUCUGGCCUUUGUGGGCACCAAGCCCAGGAGUGGUACCCACACAUACAUGCGAACAAAGCUCUGAUAUAUGCCAAAAUUUAUUUUUAUUUUAGAUUUGUGUUUUUGAGACAGGGUUGAUCUAUGUAGAUUUGGGUGUCUUAGAACUCACUCUGUAGACCAGGCUGUCCUCGAACUCAGAGAUCUGCCAGCCUCCACCUCCCAAGUGCUGGGAUUAAAGAGGUCUGCCACCACCACCCAGUGAAAAGAUGUUUAAUUUGUGGUGGCAAGAUGGCUGAAAGGCACUUGGCCAUGAAACCUGGCAACCUGAGUUUGAUCCCUGGAUUCCUGUGAUGGAAGGUGAGAACAGAUUGCCACAUGUUGCCCUAUAAUAAAUAAUAAUUGUAAUAAACUUAAAAAAUAAGCUGUUUCUUGCUGAGGAUAGUAUCAUAGGCCUGUGUCCCAGCUACUUGGGAGAGGACCUUAGGGAAUCACUGGCGAGCAGGGUUUGGACCUAGGCUGAACAGCAUUGAAAGACUCUCAAGGAUAGCUCAAUGGUUAAGAACACCUGCAUUCUUCUAGAACACCUUCCUGGGUUCGAUUCCUAGCACCCCUACGCUCUUUAAAACUGUCUUUAGGGGGGCUGGAGAGAUGGAUCAGCGGUUAAGAGCAUUGCCUGCUCUUCCAAAG